GGGGUCGGGAGAUUAACAUAGCCGCGGGGCAAGCGGGAGCGGGCGGGGAGGGCCCUUCUCCUCUCUACCCCCCGCCCUCCCCGCACCCCUUCCCCCCCCCCCCCCCCGUCCCGGCCUCCAUCCGGCUUGGGCCUACCUCCCUGGGACCGCCGCCUAUCCGGCCCCGUGAGGCCCCCUCCCAGAGCUAGUUAAGGCGCAAACAACCCGGGGUGGGCAAUGCUUAACUCCGAGUGGUGUCAAAUGGACGCAGUUCCUUCCUGGCGACUAUGGGGAGCUUUUUCCAGAUGCCUCCCAUCGGGUCAGAGGGACCGAUCUAGGGGGCCCAAAGUCCGACGCCCCUGGGGGUGUCGCCGCGGGUGCAAGUUCUUCAGCCUGACGGAGACCCCCGAGGAUUACACGCUCAUGGUGGACGAGGAGGGCUUCAAAGAACUACCCCCAUCUGAGUUCCUUCAAGUGGCUGAGGCCACAUGGCUGGUGCUGAACGUGUCAUCCCACAGUGGUGCAGCAGUGCAGGCUGCUGGGGUCACCAAAAUCGCGCGCUCAGUCAUUGCACCACUGGCCGAGCACCAUGUGUCUGUGCUGAUGCUGUCUACUUACCAGACGGACUUCAUCCUGGUGCGGGAACAGGACCUGUCUGUGGUGAUCCACACGCUAUCCCAGGAGUUCAACAUUUACCGAGAAGUGGGCGGGGAGCCUGUGCCUGUUGCCAGGGAUGAUUCCAGCAAUGGCUUUCCCCGUUCUCAGCAUGCAGGACCCAGCCCCACUGUGCAUCCCAUCCAGAGCCCACAGAACCGCUUCUGUGUCCUUACGCUGGACCCUGAGACACUGCCAGCCAUUGCUACCACCCUCAUCGAUGUUCUCUUCUACUCAUACAGUGCCCCCAAGGAGGCAGCCUCUGGUGGUCCUGGACCCAGCUCUAUUACAUUCUUUGCCUUCUCCCUCAUCGAGGGCUACAUCUCCAUCGUCAUGGAUGCUGAGACGCAGAAAAAGUUCCCCAGUGACCUCCUGCUGACCAGCUCCUCGGGAGAGCUGUGGAGGAUGGUGCGCAUCGGUGGACAGCCUCUGGGCUUUGAUGAGUGUGGAAUCGUGGCUCAGAUCGCAGGCCCCCUGGCUGCGGCCGACAUCUCUGCCUACUACAUCAGCACCUUCAACUUUGACCAUGCCCUGGUGCCUGAGGAUGGCAUCGGCAGCGCCAUUGAGGUCCUCCAACGACGGCAGGACGGCCAGGGCUCCUGAGGCCUCCAUGCUGUCCCCUCACCCCAGGCUUCCAGAGACUUCUCUAAGCUAUUUCCUCAAGCUCUGGGAUGAGUCCUCCCCACCCCCAUUCCUGCUGGGGGACCCCUCCUUCUGCUCUCUGUAUGUAAGCUGCGUGCAGGCACCGGCUCUCACGUGGACACGCGUGUCUGCCCACGCAGGGGAACACGGUGCUCUGGGCUUCCUCCAGGAAGCCCUCACCCCUCACUCCCUGCUCGGCCUCAGUGUUUGCACAUUCCCUGCCUGAGGCCCAAGACAUCCCCCCUCUCAGUGCCCUGAGCCAGCUGCUCCCUUGGACAGGGCCCUGGUCUCCAUUCUGCUUCUGGCUGGGUCACCUUCCCUGGCCAGGUGAGUUCUGACAGUGCCUGCCCCUCCCAGGGCCUCCAAGAAAAGUAUUUUUACAUCUUUCUCCCUUUUUUAUUGACUUAUUAAUAAAGGCUUAUAGUUAUAAA